AUGGACGAUCUUGACCUUCCGCCUGAUCGAGCAAACCUGUUCGAGGUAAUCGAUGCAGACGGCAGUGGGACGAUGGAUGUGACUGAGCUGGUUCAGGGCAUGUUGAAGAUCCGCGGAGAUGUCAAGAAGAGCGACACGGUGGCUACGCUCCUGGCAACAAAGGCCCUACAAGAGAUGGUUACCGAAAUGCGCAACACGCUUUCAGAGCUGGAAGCUCGCAUGAUCCAGCAAUUUCCCCAUUCCGCCGCAAUCCAAAAGAAGGAACUGUGA